UCCCAAUGUUUUGUGGGACAGGUAAUCAAAAUGGCGGACGAAGAGUGAGUUUUUCAUUCCAAAAGUUUGGUCAAGUUUCUUUGCUGAUUUUUCACCAUGAACCCGCCUGAUUUACGCUACAUCGUCAAAACAACCAUUCUAAAGUAUUUAGUUUGUAGCAGUGACAUCUCACGAGAUCAUUUGGUGAUGCUGGAGUAUUUUCGAGGUUGGGGUCAAGGUGUUUUCGGCGACGACAUUCUUACACAGAUCAUUGAAGACUUUCCCAGUCAACUUACUGAUGAACUGCUAGUUAUUCUGACACCUCCUCAUCUAAGACAUCUAAAACUCACCAACUGCACUCGUCUGUCGUGCAAUGGACUUCAAAAGACAGUCGCGAAGUGUCAACAGCUCCAGGCACUUGACUUCAGUGAAUGUGUUCAUCUUCUUCAUCCAACUGUAUUUUGCUGUAUCAGAGAAAAAGCUACAAACCUAGUGUCUCUGUCCUUAGAAAAUUCAGAAGUUGUCUCUGAUGACAUAGUUCAGGUGGCCUUGAUGUGCUGUCCUUUCUUGAAACAUCUCAACCUUUCCAGCUGUAAAAGCAUAACUGAUGCUGCUUUUGCACUCUCUAAUACCAAGAACAACACAUCAAGUACAGCUUCUUCUAAUAACUCACCUCAACCUGGACGUAGUCUCACCAGCAUUGAUAUAUCAGGUUGUCAGUCACUGUCAGCUGUUGCAGUAAAAUAUCUUGUGGGUUUAUGUGGGGCUAAUCUAACCAGCAUCAGUCUUGCUUGGACAGGAAUCAAUUGCACAGCACUGCUGUAUCUGGCAGGACUGAACAUGGAAAAAGUGGCAAAGAUGAUGUGCUGUGCCGAUCUUGUACAAACUGAUUCUGUUCCAUCAUCAAGUGAGGCAAAACAGAAACUUGCAUGUGCUAAUCUUGAUGAGUCAUGCAAGGCAUUGUAUGGCAGUCAAGACUUCUCAACACAAGGCUUUUUAGGUUCUAAUCCAGUAGAAAAGUCUGCAGAAGAUACUUAUGGCUUCAGUGAUAGUCAACUGAAUGAGAUGGAAGUGUCAACACUCAAGAAUGUCCUACCCAUCACAUGUGAACCUUCAUUGUUGCAAUCAACAGAGGGCAUCCUACAUCUACAAGAAUCAAAUGAACCUUCUGAGGUGCCUUGCCAUGAAGAGUUGACCUCUGAUGUUGAUUUAAUACAUACAUGUAGUAGUUUCCUACCAGAAAAGGUAACAAGCAGCACAGUGCAUGAAAAGGAGAGCACAUUAAGUGAUGAACAGUUACGAGAAACAGAAGAUAAAGAAACAUGUGUGCAUAGUGAUGAAGACAUCGUGAAGAAAGCUGCUGAUAUGGAAAGAACAUUUCAAUGCUGGGAUGUUCCUUCUGAAGUUGAACCUUUGAAGGACUCAAAAAUGAAAGAUGAAUCUUUCAACAAUGUGUUAUUACCUUCUGUUCAAGAACAGAGUCUCUUAAAUGGAUUGAAGACUGUGCUCAUGAAAAGAGAGCACAGUAUCGAAAGAAAUCCCACAACAUUGACUACUACUAAGAAAUCUAUUGGAGAACUUGAAACAGAGGACAUUCCUGAAGAUGGGUUUGAUAUCGAGAGUCAUCCUGUGGAAGAUCAGUUUAACCAUGGUUAUGCAGUUGGAAUGAGCAGUUUGAGAAUGGAGUGUGACAUUCCUAGCAUGCCAACAGUAGUGUUGACACUUCCAAGCAUUCCAUUGGUCAAUGGAAUGGAGCCUGAAACUCCUACAAUACCUUGUGAGAAAGUCAAGGUGAAGGAGUCAGUUGUUAUAAGUGAAGAAUCUGGCCAUCCAAUUGUGACACCAGCAGGAGUGAAACAUGAGAACUCUGUUUGUCCAAUCAUACCUUCAGUGGAAUUACACAAAAUGGAUGAAGAAGCAGAAUGUGAGGAACCCAGAAUACAUUGUAAGGUGGAAGGAGUGGAGAAAUCUGUUUUGCCCAUGGUACCUUGUAUGAAAGAAACAGACUACAAUAAUGACAGCCUUUCCACCAUUCCAUGCAUAAUGUCUGAAACUGCUGAAUCGUCCACUUCAUCUAUCACUGCUCGCAAAGAUGAAAAGGGAAGGGAAUUUGACCACUCUAUUACAACUUUUUGGGAAGAUGAAGCUGUGUUACUUGAUUGUGAGACAGAACAGGAUGAACAAUCAAGUUACUCUGUAAUAGUUCCUGAUAUAGGAGCCACUGCAGAGAAAAGUUUGCAAGACUGUACAUUGUCACACAGCAAAGUCAUUCAAGUUACUGAUUUGCUUCAAGCACAGUUGUUUCAGCCACAAAUUACAAGUUUGGACAUCACUAACAUGUGGUAUCAGAGCAAACCUUUAGGUCAAGCAUGCUUGAAGAUAUUUUCAGAUGCCAACAAAUGUUUGAAGAAUUUUGCAGUUUCGUGGUCUGAAUUGGAUGACAGAAUGUUGACAUAUCUCCUCAAAAAUGAACCUGAGCUGGAGUGUUUGUCUCUGGUUGACUGUGAAAAGCUUAGCAAUAUUUCUCUGAGCUCCAUUCCUAUACACUGCCCCAAGCUGAGCAGUUUUGACCUCAAGGGUAUGUGUUAUGUUACUGAUCAUGGUCUCAUGCCCCUGACAAGGAGCAAUCAUCUUCAAUCAUUGUCUCUGGCUGAAGCUCCCAUCACUGAUUGUACACUUGACACCAUAGCAAAGGGAUGUGGAGCAAAGUUAAAAGUCUUGGAUAUUUCUUGGUGUGAAGACGUCACAGAUCAGGGAAUGUCAAUCAUCGCAAAAAGCAGUUGUUCCCUUCAACACCUCGGCCUGCGCCAAUGUGCUGCCUCUAAGCUCACUCUUAACACACUUGCGAAUAAUUGCCAUCUUGUUUCAUCGCUAAACAUUGCUGGAAUUGACAACUUAACAGACGCAGCACUCGGCAGCUUGGCGGAAAACAUGCCGCUGCUUACAGAAAUAGAUGCGAGCUGGAAUUCGAGUUUGUGUGACACGGGGAUCAGCGCCCUGUUAAGAUGCUGCAACAAGCUCAAAAAGGUGGUUUUAUGUGGAUUAAAACUCAUCACUUCUCAGCCCUUCCUGGGGAUUAUUGGAGAUUUGAAACGCUGGCAGUUGUUGGAAGAGUUAUGGCGGUGCAGCAGGAGACCCCAGACUAGUUCCUCUCAAGGGAAAGUUGCUUUGAAGACCUGUGACUUGGAAACAGCCAAAUCACUGGGAGAUGAGAUCCCAUCUCGCUCCAUGUCUUACGCGCCAUCGUUACGUCAUAUGGUACUUGAGUACAGCGACAAAGUGAACGAUGACCACCUGGCAGCAAUUGUAGCAGUCUGUAGGGGAACUUUGUAUGUGAAAGAUUAUUAUGGACAGCAAAUUGAACCCAAAUGGAUAUUUCGAUAAAUUAGCAACUAAUAAUAUGUAGUAACAAUUGGACCUAGGUUUUCAUUCAUUAGGACAAACACUUCCCUUUGCCCGUUCCCUUUUCAUCCAUAUCGCUUGUGCAAGUCAGUUGAUUUAAGAUGCCUUCCCAUCGUUAGAUAAUAAUAGCAAUCAUUUUGAUCAAGCUUUUUCAGUCCAAAUAUAGAAAUGUUGUCCUUGUUCAGUUGUCUUUGUUCACACUCGAACCAAAUAUUUCAACACCUGACCAUGUACAGUGGAAGCAAAAUCUCACUUAAUGGCCUUAAUAAAGGUAAUUAAUGCGAUGGACAACCACUGACACAGAAAACGAUAACCUGCAACUGGAAUGACAUUUAGAGUAGAGGAGACCGAGUAACUGUAUGGGAGCUAGAAAAAUACCUCUGAGAACGACGAAGAACUAGAACUCCUGUAAAAGACCCUUCAUUAAAAGAAUACUUUCUCGACU